AUGCUGGAUACUAAAGAAAACGAGUCGCAAAUCCCCAAGAUGACAAUUUCAGAGUUACGUAGACCUAAGACACGAAGGUUGACUCUUGCAAAAGGGAAGACUUGCAACCUGACAGAGACCAAGGCAACACCGGAUAGGGGGACAGGCGCAAUGCCGGACGCUCCGGAGCAGGAAAUAGACCUUAGUAUGUUAGAAAGGGAAGGGGCGACCUUCGAAGGGGGAGAAGACACUGUCGGGCAGGGAGAGCACAUGACAAACAACGUUGACCCGUCUACGGCCUGGAAGUUGGAGAUGGCAAAAUUUUUCCAACAAAUGAGACUUUGCGAAAGGUUCCGCGGGUUACCGCGGGAAAUCAUGCUAAACCAGAUGAAAGAAAACGAGUGGACUGGCGAUUAUAACGAAUAUUGCAAUGAGUUCUCGGACAUAGUAACCAAUGGAGAAGAAAUGCCCGAACACGAUCUGAUUCUGUACUUCCUCGCCGGAUUACCAACGGACGUCGGAGACGAACUGACCAACAAAGGCAAGAGGAAAUUUUCGACAUGGAACGAGGCUGCAGAUGCAAUCGCGGGAGGGAGAUUCACGGUUAAACGAGAAGGCCUAGGCAUUGGGGGAGAGAAAUGUCCUAGGCCAGAACGAAAUAAUGGCAGGGCGCACCUAGUAGCGUCGGGACCGAAUGCCAUUAAGAUCUCCACAUCUGCAAAACGGAACGAUCAGGCGAGCGGCGGGAACGAAAGCCGGAGGCACGGGUCACCGACGAGCGGGAUCCAAACUCAUGGGAACGGGAACGGAACCAACGAGGGCACAUCUCGUGCGGGACGUGACGAGGUAGAUCAGACAGGUCAAGAAGAAUAUCUUAUACCCCCGUGGCUUUGGACAGAAGAGUGUACAGCGGGACAACAGCCUUACGGAACUCUGUGCAGAGUCUGCAGCGGCGGCAAAACAGCGGUCUUGAGGUUGGAGAUACUCGGUUAUCAGUGUGAAGGUCUUUUGGACACAGGGGCGUCAAGAAGUUUUAUUCAACCGACCAUCGUCAAGAAAUUAGGACUGAGAACGAGAGCACUGACAGAGGAAUAUUCCUUCACAGUGGCGAACGGAGAAGUUAUUAGGAUCUAUACGGAGGUCCCGAGGCUGACGAUAAUUUGUGGGCGCGAAUGCUUCACGGGCAACUUUCUAGUAGGCCAGGUACCCUAUGCAGUCAUUCUCGGGAUAGAUUGGCUUGACAAGGAAUCGGACAGACUUAGAACAUACGUAAACGGCAGAAUGCGCAGCCUACCGGUGUUAAGGAAAGAGGGUGAGAGACCCGAUGGUACCACCAGAAAGCGGGAGACACUUAAAACAGAAACGGACUGUGCCUAUGAAGCGCUAGCUGAUCAAAUAUCCCAGAUGACAGCUGAGGAAGCCGCGGUAUUUUUACGCCCCACACCUAAGCGAUACAAGGCGAAGACUAGGCGGAAAGGCGGUAUUAAAAUCAAGGAACUCAUCAAUCGCGCUAGGAAGAGUACUGAAGAAAUGAAAGGAGCAACUGAAGGAUUGAACUGCAUCAUUAUGUUGCCAGAAACUGGAGUCGUUUUAGACAAGCACAAACCAAUUGGGGGACAAGGUCGAUUGAUGUGUACUAUUUUAGAAUGCUCAGCAGAUACAACGGACCGGAAGCGGAACGAUAACCGUCUGAGGGACAACGACAAGCUGGAGGACACGGAAGAAUCACCUUGGCCCAACGCCAGACUAGAAUUUACCGAGUUCGACAAAUGGAUCGAGAGCGAAGAAGCCCGCAACUUACCUACACCGGUAGCUCACCUAUUGAGACAAUAUCGACUGCUGUUUCCGGAUAGCCUUCCAAAUGACUAG